AUGCCAUCCUCCAUCCCCGAGGCAGACAGGAGGCACAGAGCCUCAGCAGCAUUUUCUCUGAGUUUCCUCUCUUUAAUCUUCUCCAUCACAGCUUUCAGCAGCAGUUACUGGUGCGAGGGGACCAGGAAAGUGGCCAAGCCUUUCUGCAAAGGGGACAGCAAAGGGGAUCUGUGCAUCCGCUUCAACAGCGCCGACGGCAACGGCAGCCAGGCUGUGCAGUACAUCUGGGAGACCGGCGAUGACAAAUUCGUGGAGAAGAAGUUCCACGCUGGCAUCUGGUACUCCUGUGAGGAAAUGAUCAAUGAGGAAGGUGAGAAAUGUAGAAGCUUCAUCAGUCUGACUCCAGCUUCUGAUCGAGGGGUUUUGUGGCUGUCUAUCAUAGCAGAGCUUCUCUAUGUGGUUUUGCUCCUGAUUGGAAACAUUCUGAUGUCAGUAGAAAUCUGCUACUACAGCUCUGUCAUUGAUGGGCUGAAGAUCAACGCCUUCUCUGCAGUGGUCACCGUGCUAGCAGGGCUUCUGGGCAUGGUUGCUCACAUGAUGUACACAACUGUGUUUCAAAUGACUGUAAAUCUUGGUCCUGAAGACUGGAGACCUCACACUUGGGAUUAUGGCUGGUCCUAUGGCCUUGCAUGGACCUCCUUCGCUUGCUGUAUGGCCGCAGCUGUCACCACUAUUAACAAAUACACGAAAACUAUCUUGGAAUUCAAGCACAAAAGGAAAAAGCUGGAAAGAAGCUUUAGGAUUCAGUACAAGUUUCCUGAGUACACAGCUCCAGAGAAGGUUUGCAAUGUGUAUGUGAACUCUUUCCAGAACACCACAGAUGACCCCGCACAUGCAUUGAGAAGUCUGCGUCACCUGGCCACUAUUUCAGUCCUGUAAAGCU